GAUUACCCACCCCUCCUCCAGUAAUUACCAAUUACCCCGCUAAUUGGACUUGGAGUGCAAUGACAACUCAAUUGAAUUUUGAAAAAGAAUAAUGAGACUGGCAGUAGCGAAAUGGCUCGGUGAAUCGAUGAUGAAGUUGUAUUUUUCUGAUAGUAAUUCUUGCAGUUGCGCAGUUGGGUGAGGGGGUUGGGGGCUGACGUCGCGCCGAGAAGACAAUUCCUCCCCUACCUUGCAACCCCCUUUUCCGGUACGGCCAGAACGUCGAAACGGUGUGCAGUAACCUCCACAACUUGGGGGAUAAUAGAUCAUUGGUGGUGGAUGGGUGAAAAACAUUGGAUGCAGUUGGUUUAAAGGUGAGGAAGUGCCUCGCGAGUGCGAGGAGUUGCCUCGAUGGAUCGGCGACAUCGGGAGACUGGAUAAUCAUCUACAUCGAUGAUACACCGCUUGUUAUUUUAUUUCAAUCGAAUAAUCAAUUGGGAUUUUUUUUUGCCGCGGGGGGUGAUUGUUUAAUUAUGAUACACGUGUCGUCUGAAAACGCCCAGAGGUACGAUCGUGUCAAGCGCAAGGGCGUUGCGUUUUUAUCCGGUAUUUUUAGAAGUAAGAAAUUUGUUUUUGGCAUGAAGAUCGACGAGGAGGACGAGAUGGACAGAGCACCGAGGGUUGAGGCUCCUGCUGUUGUAUCUACGAACUGUCGUCGCAAUGUCGGAGGUCAAGUAUCAUCGGUGGAUAGUGAGAAUUCUGUAUCAAGUAGAAUUCCAUCUAGUCUGAGUGUCGCAGCUGUCGAUGUAGUGGUAGCUCCAGCGGUGUGUCAGCCCUCACCCUCGCAUUCAAUUCUCACCCUAACACCCGGCAGAACACGUAACAUAGAUCAGGAUAUGGAGGCGUUACGAUUGAGCCGACAGGACAAUCCAUUUUUGCAGGUAUUAGCUAGUCGUGAGAGUUUGGUCGAAUCGAUUGAGGAGUCAGAGUCGGAUGAUGCGAUUUUAAUGUCCCAGGAGUUGGGCGAUACCGAUCCGCUGACCCUGGCCCAAGUCCACGAACACCUUGUGCGCAGCCCACCACCCGCCUCGUGGCCCCACACACCGGCUUUUCCAUUCAAUAAUACUCCCCCAAUGACUUCCGUCACUAAUGCCGAUCCAAUGGCACGCUACAAGUACUCCAACAGCAGUCCAUCGAACAGUGGCUGCUGCAGGGAUCGGUCUACCGAUACCAGUGAAUUAUCGAGGAGUGAGCCAUCCGGCGAUCAUAGAGGGGAUCGUCACACACAUUCAUUUUCCCUCCUGAACCCGACGCCCAUUCGGACCCUCUCGGAAGUCCGGCGUCUGCACAGAUCCGCUGACGAUAGUGUUCAACUAAUGUCAUCGGAAUAAAUAAAAAAGGAAAAAAAAAAAUUUUAUAAAUUUGAAAAGAAUCAGAAGGACAUAAUGAUAUUAAUUAUAUUCACACGGGUGUUCUCAAGAUAGUUUACACGAUGAAAAAAGUUGAAGAAGAAUGAUCUCAAGAAACGCGAAAAUUUUGCUUGUCCAUGAGAUCAUUUUCGGAUGGAAUUGCAGUUCGGAGUAAUUGCGAUUCAUUCGGAAAAGCGUACAUUUCGAUACGAGUGUGUAAAAUUGUGCAUCAAGUGCCGAAUGUCUCUCAUUUGUCACAAACAAAUUCUUCGCAAUUGCAGAAAAAAAUCUACACAUAUGGUAAGGGUAGUUUUACAAUAUCGAUCAAUUAUUCAUGUGUCUGCAAUAAUGUUUUAUGGUGUAAUUAGUCAACGCCACCCUUAAACCGGAAACUACUCCUGCAUUUAUCAAAUUUUCAGACUAUAAUUCUGUUUCAACUUUUUUCCUUCGUGUGAACUUUUCAGGAUUGAUCAACAUCAUCUAUCGAUCCGUCUUUCGGAUUCGAGAAUGAAGAAUACGACCGUGACUUUUUUAGAUCUCACUUUGCAAUAUGUAUGUAGGGCACAGCUGCUAUUGAAAUUACCUUAUUAUACGAGAAUCCGACACUCCCCAUGGUGAGGGAGUCAGCCCGUGAAGUAUUUCCAAAUCAAUAUUAUAUUUGUAAAGACGAGAUAAAUCGAUGGGAGAAAAAUUUACGAGUGAAAUGUGUCAUUUCAUUCGGAUUCUGCUUCGACUAACAGUUCCGUGUUUAUAUGAUGUUACUAAAGUCAUAUUAAACUUUUCCACGUGGAAAGAUGUGUAACUACUAGAAUAUGAAUGAAAAAACCAAUAGAAAAAUUACCGAGAUUCCCUAGACCAUUCCAUUGGAUUUCUACUGAACUUUCUCUUAAUUUUUAGCGAACUUUACCAGAUUUUUUGAUGAGAAUUUUUUCUUUAGUAAAAAAAGAUUAAUUUUUUACGCAGUUUAUUUCAUUCAACUAUUUUUUAUAGGAUGUUCGCGGCUCACAUUCACCAAGUGAAUUCUAUUCAUUCUAUUUUUUUUCUUCUCAUUACACAGAAAAAGAUUGGAAAUUGUGUGGCAACUUGGUGGUAUCGGAAAUAUGUGAAAAAAUGUGCAUUAAAAAAUCGAAUUCUAUUGAUUUAUUUAAAGUGAUCCAUUUCUCCGGAGCAUUUGAAUAGAGUCAACCAAAAACUAUUCAGACAUUCAAUUAAAAUCCAGUAGAAUGUCCUGCUAAAAUCAUUAGAUUUUUUUCUAUUGAAAUUUUUCAUGCGUGAAAUGAUGAAAAAACGGUUUGAGUACAUGAAUGGCACCAUUAGCAGGGUUUAUACAGAUGAAUUACCAAUGUAGUUGUUAAGCCAUUAAUUGAUAUGUAAUAAUAUUGAACCAGAGUUUUUAAAAAAUCAUUAUUGCCCAAUUGACUUGGCCUUUGAGAAUUGACAACUAGUUACAUUAAGUAAAAAUGAUGGUUUAUGUAUAUACGUUGAUGGACAAUUCAACACUCUAAUUUAGCAUUCGAAUGAUGGAGAAAGGAAAUUAAUCAAAUGGAGAUAGAUGAAAAUUUUUGAUGGAAUUAUUCAGUUUAUUUAGAUGUAUAUUGGACUAUACACUCUGUUGUUAUUAGUCGGCCAAAUUUUAACGAGUUGACGACACAUAGGGCCUACGUUCUCGCUGUUAUGGUAAUAUUGAGAUCUUGAGCGAGUCGCACAAAGAGAAAAUAAAUUAAUUUAGAUGUGUAAAACGUUGAACACCCAAAAUUGUUAUUCCAGAGGCACUAAGCCGUAGGCCUUAUUGAAUCUCGUUGCAGCACUGUAUUAAAUAUUGAUCUUUUUGUUUUAUAUUCAAUAAACUAUAUUUGUGUUCUUAAACAA